AUGGAAGUAGACCUAACCCAAAUGGUGAAAAACCUUGAAAAUUGGAUGAAUAACUAUAAAAACCCAGACCAUCUGCCUGCAAUUAGAGCAUGCUUAGAUGGAUUAUCUUUCUAUUUAAGCAAAUCUGAUAUGAAACUUGAAGCCACGCUAGUAGGAGUUCAUUCAAGGAUCUGCAAAGUUUGCAAUAAUGUCAUUAGAAAAAAAGACAUCAGCAAAUGCCACAUUUUGCCAUGUGACAAAGAUAAUGAACAUAUAAUUUGCUCUGACGAAUGUUUCAAAAAUCAUUUUUAUCUCUAUUCAAAUAAUGACAUAUCGCGAUGGGAUGAAGUUUUAUGCCCUAUAUGUGGGGAAAAAAUUGGGCGUCCUUCGAUUGAAAAAGCCUUUGGAGGUAAAAAGAAAUUUAAAAAAAUGUUAGAAAAUGAAGAAGAUGCCAAAGCCCCAUUUUAUCCAUGUGACAUAUGCCAAUCUCAGAAAAAAAUAACUGAGUUCAUUACUUUAAUGUGCGAUCAUAGAUACUGUAGAAGUUGCAUGGAAAUGUACUUAACAACAUAUAUAAUGGAAGGAAAAAUAGCCCCAGAGGAUUUAAAGUGUUUUCAGUGUGGAAUUCCUAUUGAUUAUGGAAUAAUCAAAGGAAGUAUUAGUAAAAAAACUUUUAAUAUUUUAGAAAAAUUUUUGCUGAGAAACUGAAAACCAGACAAUUUAGAUGGUAACAUUGAUUACCAAUGCCAAGGGCCUGAUUGUGAAUUCAGAGCAGAAAUUUUUAAAGGUAUGGAAGAAUUCACAUGCCCCGCAUGCAAAACAACCUGUUGCCCACUCUGCUAUAAAAAUCCUCAUAUAGGAAAAACCUGCGAAGAAUAUGAAAAAGAACAGAUUCAGAAUAAAGAAAAUCAAUUGAUGGAAGAAUUCGCUAGGAAUAAUGGACUCAUGAAGUGUCCACACUGUGGGGCAAUGUCAGAAAAAAUCCAAGGGUGUAAUUUUAUGACUUGCCACUCUCCAGAAUGCAAGGGACGAAAAUAUUUUUGCUAUUUAUGUGGAUGUGUGCUUCAGGUAAUUUUUAUAUAGACAACCGACCAUUUUACUCAUUUUUUCAAUAAGCCUUUUGAGUUUGAGUGCUUUAAUAAGAAUAACAGAGCAAAUAAAGCUUAA